UUAUACAAUGUUGAUAAAUUACACCGUUCAGCUUACUUCAACAACAAAAAAGGUUUAGAAAAGAAGAUAUUUGAUUCCAGCGACUGUGUUAAAUAUAGCGAGAGGUAGCAUAGUGCAGUACAGUGUGUGUAAGUCCGAUAGCUAAACAUGUUAUGCGAGAUACAUGUUGAUUAAACUGUGUAGCAUAUCAACAAUAAUUGAGUGUUUCGGAUGUAAAAAUGCAGGGAUAAUUGUAUGAAUGUCAAUAAUGGAAGAGAAAUUUGUGAUAUAUGGAGCCAAACAUCGAAGUGGUGAACGAUUAUUGCAGACGUAACGUGUGAGCGUUUAUAGUGUGACGUUAUGGGCAGACAAUUUAUCUUACAGUAGUAGUCAAUGAAUUAAGGGAUGAUCAAAACUCACAAUGGGAAUAAAAAGACGGAUACCAUAUUCUAAGUUACUGUUUUGUUUUGUAGCAUUUUCAGUAUCAGUAUUGUACAUUCAAACAAUUGUCGACAAAAAAUCUAAUGAUUUAUGCAAUGAAAAGCAUACGAUGCAUAUCAAGGAACCCCCUGCUGUUAUAUAUUAUGCAGUAAACUGUUCAAACAAAUUGCCAAUAACGGAGCCGCAUGAUUCGAAUGAAACUGACCAUGAAGUGAAACUAGCUGAAGAUCUACAUUCACAUAAAAAGAUGCAGAAAACGUCGAAAACUAUACAAACGACAAAACAUAGACCUAAAGUUUACACGUUUGCAGAAUUUAAACAAAAAGCUCAAACCGACAAUUUCUUUUUAUCAAAAAUUCUUACGCAGUCUUAUUUGCAUUCUAAGUCAUACCAUGUGUUAAGACGAUAUUUCACAGGAAAGUCAUAUAGCUUUAAAUCUGAGUUUAAAAAUGUAUCAAUACAGCAUAAUUAUGACAUCAAUACUGACGUCAUGGUAUUUUUGCAUAUUCAGAAAACUGGAGGUAUGCAUUUCAAUGAUAGGUUAAUACGAGAAUUAUCGUAUCCUUUUAAGUGUAAGUGUGUAUUUAAACAGCCAACUUGCCCUUGUUUUAACCCAAAGGGUAAUAUAUGGAUAUAUACAUCUAAAUUAUCCGGCUGGCCUUGCGGUCUGCACGCUGACUGGACCCAACUUCACAGAUGUAUUCCUAAUCAAAUAGAUCAGAUGGAGCAAAAAAGGCGAUAUAGAAGAUAUUUCUACUUUACUCAACUUCGAGACCCUAUUGCUCGAUAUAUGAGUGAGUACUAUCAUCAAAGCUUUUAUGGAGGUCACUGGCAAGACGCUCUAUUAGGGUGUAGUAACGGUAUGGCUGAAUGGUUGGACGUCAGGCCUUGCUUUCUCUCAGAAACAUGGCAAGGUGUAGGUAUAGAUGAGUUUAUAGACUGCAAGUAUAAUUUAGCCACGAAUAGAAUGACCCGGAUGUUGGCAGACCUUACAGUAGCCGACUGCUAUGUUGACUAUAUUAACAGAAAUGUAAUGCGCAAAAGAGCUUAUCUGUGGUUAGAAUCGGCGAAACAUAACUUACAACAAAUGGAAUACUUUGGAAUAAUGGAAAACAGGGAAUGGUCUGAUGCAUUGUUUUCAUCGGUAUUUCAGAUGGGAUUUAAGAAAAUACGCAAAAGUGACGUACGAAGCAAAAGCGCCGAAAUCCGUUUGACAGAAGAUCAGUUUUUAAAAUUAUUAAAAUUAGUAGAACUUGAUAUCCAUUUAUAUUUGUUUGCAACAGAUUUAUUUCAAAAUCGAAUACGAAAUUUGCACAUCUAGUUCUUGCAUAAACUUAUAACAUAGUAUUUAAAAAUUGUAGUUCAGUUACAAUAUUUCAAUAUUGAAUAUAUGUAUUGCGAUGAGUUUAUAUGAAUUCGAAUGUCUUUAUUCUUAAAUCUUCAUUUUGUUUCGUUCAUGAAAAACACUAUCAAUUUCCUAAGAUGAAUACAUAUUUAAUGAGUU